AUGAGCUGGUCUGGAGGAGAUUGGUUGUGUGGUGCUUGCGAGCACAUAAAUUUCAAGAAGAGGGAAGCAUGCCAAAGUUGUGGGUACCCCAAGUAUGGAGGCCCUGACCCAUCAACCUAUAGAUAUAGCAGGACUGAAACGUUGGCAGGGGAUUGGUUUUGCACCGCUAUGAACUGUGGAGCUCACAACUAUGCAAGCAGAUCCAACUGCUAUAGAUGUGGUUCAUUUAAAGAUGAUUAUUCUUCUGGAUAUGGAGGUAACAUGGCCGGUUCUAGAGGAUAUGGUUCUGAUUGCAGUUCUCCACCGGGAUGGAAAAGUGGAGACUGGAUUUGCCCAAGAACUGGCUGUGGAAUGCAUAAUUACGCUAGCAGGACAGAAUGCUACAAAUGCAAAAUGCCAAGGGAUUAUGGUGGUGCUGACUGA